UCAUUUUCAAAGCAAAUACAGACGUCUCUGAGAUUUGUAUCAAAUUAGGGUUGUCUAGCUCAACUGUUCAUUAUCCGGCGAAGCGAAUUCGUGGCUUUCCGGCGAGGUACUGUUUUAUUCAGAGAGUAUUUCUGUUAUUACAGCUAAAAUUCUGGAACUGGUGCUACAGCUUCAAGAUAUAGCUUUGGAUGAAGUUUGCCUUAGUGAUGAUCUUAUAGUCCCACGUCCUAGUUGUGAACAUUCCAAUGAGUUUCUCUCCCGGAUUGAUAACUGUAAGAAACCCUGGUAUGAAGUAAUUGGUUUGUUAAGAACCAUAGGAGGUCAAUCUACUCUUAAAUAUAAUAAUCAGCAGAAGGGCAAAGAAGUUCCUCCUUUGAAUAAGGACAAUGUUGGAGAAGGACUCAGGGGCUGAUAGGCUUGAUUGCGUGUUCCCUUCUAAACAUGAUAAGGACUCUGUUGAAGAAGUUUCAAGUUUAUCAUCUGAGAAUACUAGGACAUCAAAUGAUUGCUCCAGAAGUAACAAUGUCGACUCCAUUAGCAGUGAAGUUUAUCCCAAUGACCCCACUCUGGAUGACAAGAAUGCUGCAGUUAGGGAAAACUUGCAUAGCUAUCCUCUUGGUCCCGUUUCUCAGGCAGAUGAUGAUCUCGGUUUUUUUGAUAGUAAUCAUGAGGAUAAAAACACUACCGAGCUCUUAUAUUAUAACUUGCCUGAGAUGGAAAAUUUUGAGGAUCUUGACAGGAUGUUCAGAAGUUGUGAUUCAACGUUUGGACUUGGAGCUAGUAUUGAAGAUGACCUUGGUUGGUUUUCGUCAUCUGAUGUUAUUGAAGGAUCUGGAGGUGGAUUGAGGUCAGAUUGUGAGUUUCCCUUCUCAACAUCCAGUGCACUUGAAAAUAUCUCUGGAAUGCAGGAAGCUUCUAGGCCAAAGGAAACAGACAGUUCAAUUAAUGAUUCUGGCGCUAAAGAUCAACCCUUUAGUCAGACUGGCAGUUCAAUGCCAUCAGAGGAUGAAUCAGCCGUUCCGAGUCAUCUAUCUUUUGCAAAUGGCUCAAGUGAUUCAGAUUUCAAGAUAGUGCCCAAAAAGAAGAUUAAUCUUCACCAAAUUAACUCUAAGCUCCAGAAUCGAUCUGAGGGAAAAAGAAAACAUGUUUACCUGGAAAAUGGGGAGACAUUCAACUAUAUUGAUAGCCUUCCAGAAGAGAGAGGGCAUCCUACUGCAAUCACUGGAUCUCAGGCUUUCACAUCCACAGGUAUUCAGCAGCACAAGCAAGUUGAUGGAUCUGAUUUUGGGUAUUUUCAGGAUGGCUUUUCUUACUUAUCUUCAGAUUACAGUCAUUCAGAUCAGACUACGGUUUGUCCAACCCUAUCCACAAUUAAAUCUAAAAAAACCAGUCUCGUGCCUCUUUCUGCUAAGGACUCCUGUGCGACAAAUCAGAUGCAGUUGAAGGAAAGCUUACCUGAUCCUUCUUUUCAGGUGGAUGGUAUAGGAACAAAUGAAAAUAUGGUGGACAAGCUACUUCACCAUUCUGUAAUUAAGCAUGAAAACAACAGGGAUCUUGGAAGUGUCAGCACGGGAAUUCCAGCAGAAGUAGGUUCCUCUAUUGUAAAGGAGAGCUCUUGCACAAGCUCCGGGUUGAAUGAAAUUUCUGAGGAGGCAGAUAGUUUUCAUCAGCUUCAACAUGUCAUGGAACGGUUGGAUAUAAGAACAAAGCUACGCAUAAAGGAUAGCUUGUAUCGGUUGGCUCAGAGUGCUGAACAAAGGCUUAGACAUGCUAAUCUCAAUAAUGGAUCUGGUGAUGAAAGAUGCACAAGCGGAGCAUUUGUUGACGAUGGAGAGUACAGGUGCACAGGAUAUUUGGACAUGGAGACAGACACAAACUCUAUAGAUCGAUCUAUUGCUCAUUUGCUCUUCCACAGGCCUUCAAACUCAUCUGCGAUAGCUGAUUCUUUGGCUUUGAAGUCACCUUCCAUGAUUUUCGAGACAUUACUCAGCCCACCAGUGAUUGAUGAGAACUUGAUUUCUGCUGGAGAAAAUGCAGCUGAACCAGAUAAAGGCACGAAAUAUUAAAGAGGCUUCGAUACAAAUGGGUUGUGUUUACUUUCAAUUUAUGUCGCUUGGACUCGCCUACAUGUAUGUGCAUGUAAGUAUCUGCUACGGAUACUUAUAUAGUUUUUGUUGUUUAGUGUAAUUCGAAGAAUCAGCACAAAGUAUGAGAAUGGGGGUCUAUGUCAAAUAGCUUCCAAUUACUCGUGUGUUUGUGUAUGAGAAUUAUCAAGAAUCUCAAAUGAGAAAUUAUUUCAUGUUUAUAACA